GGUGUUUCUUUUCUCGGUUGUCAAACCCUAGAUUCUCAGCUUGAGAAACAAAGAGCAGAAGAGGUAGGAUAAUGCAGAUCGUCUUGGGCUAGGAAGGAGAACGAGAGAAGCGCAUGUUCAUCUCAUUAUAUAUACACGCACAACGGAGGUUCGCAUAGGCAAUUGCCUUCUAACUAUAUUGAGUCUGGACUUUAUGCUCAGAGGGGAUCGGAACUAAAUUCAGAAAAGCAGCUUAGAUCCAAUUUUGGAAGGUUAUUUCCCUAUUCUUCUCUUUAUGAAUGCCUGCCUCCAUAUAUAUCUCUGUAUGACUUACAUUUGGCAUUCUAUAGCUCACCGAUAUGAAUGGGGGAUUGCUUUGGCUUGGCGGCAUGUUAGCGCGUUUAUCCUCUAUUCAAUUUCAUUUUUGAAUCUGACGCAUUUCUCCAGCUUUCUUUUGAUGGCAGUUUUAGCAUUUGAGAGAAUGCGCUUUAUCUUUGUAGAUGCUAAAUCUGAGAAUUGGUGGUGUUGCUAAAGUACAUAUUCUGAACAAUGACAGAAAAUAUAUCAAGUUUUUGGGGCCCUGUGACUUCUAAAGAAUGGUGUGAACCGAACUAUGUCUACUCGUCUUAUAUUGCAGAGUUUUUCAAUACUGUCUCAAACACCCCAUGCAUUAUUCUGGCUCUCAUUGGUCUUGUGAAUGCCGUACGUCAGAGAUUUGAGAAAAGGUUUAGCGUCCUCCACAUAUCAAACAUGAUUCUUUCCAUAGGAAGCAUGUUUUAUCAUGCAUCGUUGCAACGAAUGCAACAACAAGGUGAUGAGACACCAAUGGUGUGGGAAAUGCUUCUUUAUGUGUACAUUCUCUAUUCACCAGAUUGGCACUACAGGAGCACUAUGCCUACCUUUUUGUUUCUAUAUGGUGCAGCAUUUGCCAUUGUACAUUCACAGGUUCGCUUUGCGAUUGUCUUCAAGGUGCACUAUGCAUUACUCUGCCUUCUGUGCAUUCCUCGGGCGUACAAAUAUUACAUUCACACAAAAGACACGUCAGCUAAGCGUCUUGCCAAAUUGUAUGUGGCCACUUUACUGGUUGGGACCGCAUGCUUUUUAUUAGAUGGCUUGUUUUGUAAGUAUAUCUCGACAUGGCCCUUUAAUCCACAAGGUCAUGCAAUGUGGCACGUGAUGAUGGGGUUCAACUCGUAUUUUGCCAACACAUUUCUGAUGCAUUGCCGUGCUCAGCAACGGGGAUGGGAUCCAAUUGUCAAAUACUUGUUGGGUUUACUCCCCUAUGUGAAGAUUCAAAAGCCAAAGGAUCAAUAGUUUAAUUUCCAUCAAGAGCAAAACUUAGAAUGAUAUAUAUGGGAGCGUUUGGAAUUGAUUCUGCUUCUGCUUCUAUUUUUAAGUUAGAAGAAGAACAAAAUCUGUUGUAUGAUAAAGUGAUUCUACUUGGAGUGUUUGGUAUUGAUUCUAUUGUUUGAAAUAGAGAAUCAGAUGUUUGGAUAACAUGUUGUUGCAAACUGUUAUUUGUGUAAAAUUAUCAAAAGGGCAUAUUAUGUUGAUUUGAAUGGAAAACUAAUAUUAACCCAAA